AUGGCUGGACAGACUGAUCCUCACAUCUCACUCUUUUCUCCACAAGAGGUUGAGUUUAUGGCAGAGGACGAAAUGGUGGAGAUUGUUCCCAACAUGAACAUGGAGCCACUCAAUUUCAUCAGUGGGGAUUUUGGUCGGUUCCUUCCUCAGAUUCCGACACAAGUGCCUCUGUGGCUUGCAGUGGCACUGAAGAGGAGAGGCAAAUGCACUUUCCGGCCUCCCGAGUGGCUGUCUGUUGAUAAUCUGACUCAGGUCUUGGAAGCAGAACGGGAGUCUCAGUCGACAUUUCAGGCAUUACCAUUUAGUUACGUGGAGAUUGCUAGACUGCUUUUUGACCAUGCACGCGACGACAUUCCAGACAUGUACAUGGUGAGAUCUCUAGUUGAAGACAUCAGAGAUGUGCGGCUUCACAAACUUGAGACUAACCUGGGAUCAUUUCAAGGUACAUCUGCAGUAAAGAUCUCUAAUGUGUCGGCAAUGGAAGUGAACCUAGUUCGCCCGUUUGUGAGAAGAGCCUUAGAAGCGUUUUAUAAGCAUGACAAGCCAGAAGCUGAUGUAGACAGAGAUACUAGAAGUAGUAGACAACCUCGUGAAGCCAACAAUGAACCAAGGGAGCUUCAGUGUCCUUGCCUGAGUGAGAAGAAGAGUCAGGUAUCUUCUGUGCCAAUAUUUGUGGAGCUCCCUGAGAAGUGA